AUGACAAAUAUAAAAAAUUGUAAAGAAAUAGAUUACGAAGCUAUGAAACAAAAAGUUGCUAUUUUGAAGCAAGAAAGUGUUGAAGAGAAUGAAAGAGAUUCUCUCUCGCGGCACGAUUCAUUGGACAGACGUAUAAAAAUUAUUGAAGAUCUGAUAAUGAAUGCAAUGAAAAAACGGAGUAUAAUUCACAAUUUGAUCGUUGCAAGCAGGGAUGAAAAUGACGAUGCAUUGCCAAAAUUAAUAUCCCAGAAGAUGGAAUUUGAAUUUGGCAAAAGUAACAUUAAAUAUUCAAAUAGUAUUGAUGAUCAAAAUUCUGUUGUUACCGGCAUACCAGAAGAAGCUUUCGGAAUGAACUGUCCGAAUAAAAGUAUAAAAAUAUCAGUUUUGGAACAAUUUAUUUACAUGGAUGGUUACUAUGUUGAAAAAUUAGAAGAAUUGGAAAAAGCUAGUAAACUAUUCUCUGACAUACGCAGAGCUGUUAUCACCGACAUAAUGGAUCAUAAAAAAUCGAUCAACCUGGAGGCUCUGUGUGAGGGAUCUGUAUUUACAUCAGCUGUUCAUGACAAAGAUGUGGUUGCCAACAUCGAUUAUAACUCCCCAAUUGGAAAUAGUGAUCAUAUUGUUCUGGUCUUCUUAUUGAGACAUACUUGGAAUUUAGUUAGAAAACGUGCCAAGCAAAAAUAUAAUUUUAACAAAGGUGAGUAUGAUAAGAUGAGAGUUUAUGUCAGAACUGAAUUAAGUAAAGAAAUGUGUGUAUUUAAACAAGUUUAUAAUGUUGUGAAACACAAUGAAGCCUGGAUGUACUUCUGUACUGUACAGAACGAUGCUACAAAUAAAUUUAUUCCUUUAAUUGAUGUUGGGUUCAUAAUAAUGGAUUUGCAUUAA